AUGUCAGUUGAAACCAAGAGCGAUGCACCAUACACAGUGGCAGACUUGUCGAAAUUGUCUGUCCCAACUUUACCUAACGUUACCCCAACUCCACCAAAAUCAAACAGCUUGUGGUCGUCAAACCCAGUCUUUUCUUACUUGAACGAUGUAUAUAUCACCAUUAGUGAACACCGCAAGAACUUGGGUUUGACCAACCCAGGUACCAUCGAGAACCUCAACAAGGAAGUCAGCAGAGACGUUUUCCUCAACCAAUACUUUUUCACCGGUUUGAGAGCAGACUUAAACAAGGCAUUCUCCAUCUCACCUGCAUUCCAAACUUCCCACACCCUUUCCUUGGGCUCGCAAGUUCUUCCACCUUAUGCGUUUAGUGCUCUUUACGCUGCAGAAGAUUACUUCCUCCAGGGUAAUGUCGACAAUGACCUCAGUUUCAGUGGUAGAAUCAACUAUGGAUGGGACAAAUCCAACAUUUCAAAGGUUACUUUGCAAUUGGCACAAUCACAACCAUCAAUGGUUCAGUUGGAGCAAGACUACCAAGCCAACGACUUUUCCAUCAACUUGAAGACCCUUAACCCAAGUUUCCUCUACGGUGGAUUUUCUGGUGUUGCCGUUGCUUCACUUUUGCAAUCAAUCACUCCUAAAUUUGCUCUUGGUUUGGAAGCAAUGUACUCCAAACAACCAAUGAGUCCGCCAGAUACCGCCGUCUCAUACGUUGCACGUUACAACAAUAACGGCAAAUGGAUUGCUUCUGCACAAGUUCAGGCUCAAGGUGCUUUGAUUGCUUCAUUCUGGAGAAAAGUUAGUGAUAAAGUUGAGGCUGGUUUGGAAACCCAGGUUGCAGCCACAAUGAAACAAGUUGCCGACCCAUUGAUGGGUGUUGGUUUCGAACCAGUCAUUGAAGGUACAACCACAAUUGGUGCCAAGUACGAAUACAGAACUGCUGUUUUCAGAGGCCAAUUGGACUCAAAAGGAAAAGUUAGCGCAUUCUUGGAAAAGAGAAUCUUGCCUACUGUAAGCGUCUUGUUCAGCGGUGAAAUUGACCAAUUCAAAAACACAAGCAGAUUAGGUUUGGGUUUACAAUUUGAAGCUGCCGGUAACGAGCAAUUGAUGUUGAUGCAACAAGGUUUGGUUGAUGCCAACGGUAACCCAAUCCCAGGUGCACCUCCAGCCAUGUAA